AUCAAGGCGUACAUUAGCCUGCUGACCUAGCAGGCAUUCACACUUUUGUACUCAUUUACAGGCAGCCGAAAUGUCUUCAAAAAAAAAACAACCCCAGCACGAGUGCGUGGAUAGGAAAGAUUAUCUGGCCACUUGCGAUAGCGUUCCCAUUGAUCGGGAUACCUUCUGGCAGACGAACGAGGAGCUUCCGCGCAACACCACCAGCGGGCAGAGGAUACUGCGCACCACCUGGCUAAGCAAGUCGACGGCUUUUUCGCACCGCGAACAACAGCUGCUCAGCAUAAAUGGCUUGAUUCCAUUCUCAGUUUAUAGCCUGGAGCAACAGGUGCAGAUGUGCGGGCAGUACUUCGAUAAAUUCCAAACGCUCUUCCAGGAGUAUCUGUUUCUAUCCGACUUGGAGUCUCUCAACCGAAAGCUCUUCUAUAAUCUACUGAUCAGCGAUCCGGGCAAAUAUAUGUCAGUGUUCAGAAUCGCAGAGUUUCCCAGCCUGAUAAGGAACUUCAGCGUGCUCUACACGAAUAAUCGGGGCAUGUAUGUCACCAUUAAGGAUCGUGGACAUAUCUACGAUGUCCUGCGCAACUGGCCGCUGCGCCACUCCGUGCGAUAUGUGAUGGUGACCAAUGGAAACAACAUAAUGAAUUUGGGAGACGUUGGCACCAGUGGGGCUCCCGUUGUAUUUUACAAAAUGUAUGAAGACGUGGCCUUUGGCCGCAUGAAUCCCGAUUUCUGCCUGCCCCUAAUGAUGGACUUGGGCACAAACAAUCAUGAUCUGCUGCAGAACACAUUUUACAUGGGGGUGCGCGAGAGUCGCACUACUGGGCCCGAGCUGUUUGAGUUUUUCGAGGAGUUCACUUUGGCCGUCAUGCGAAUUUUCGGGCCACGUGCAGUUAUCCAAACGCAAGACUUCAGUCCGAAAGAAACACUGCAACUGCUGGACCUCUAUCAGAAGAGGAAGUGCUAUAUGGACAUAAGCGUACAGCUCUAUGGCACCUGCGGGCUCGCCGGCCUGCUGGGCGCCCUCUCGAUCACAGAGGUCAAAUUCAGGGCGAACACACUGCUCUUCUAUGGCUUGGAGAACUUCAACUUCGGCCUGGCACGCAUGUGCAUGGCGUACCUGAUGCGCCAGGGACUCGAUAGAAAUGCAGCGCAGAUGUGCAUAUGGUUCUGCGAUGCCCAUGGGCUAGUAGUGCACAAUCGUUCUCCACACAAGGUGCCCGAGGAGCUAUCGGAAUUCAGCCGCACCCAUGCGCCCAUCGACACUCUGCUGGAGGUCAUUGAGCAGAUCAAGCCGACUGUGCUGGUGGGCUGUAGUGCGCAUGCGAAUGCCUUCACCAAAGAUAUUCUGAGAGCCAUGGAGCGAAGCUGUGCUAUGCCCAUCAUAUUUGCCAUGUCCAAGCCCUUGCCAUUGGCCGAGUGCACGGCCGAAGAUGCAUUUGUCUAUACCAAGGGUCGCUGCAUUUUCAUAUCCGGCUGCGAGAUGCCGCCGGUGAAGUACGCGAACAAAUGGUAUCAGCCCAGCUUCUGCACCGAUACCUACAUACACUGCGGCAUCACUUUGGGCAUCAUUCUGUCCGGCUUGACAAAUGUACCGGACGAGCUGUUCCUGGUAGCCGCCGAACGGCUGGCCAGCUUAGUAUGGCCCACGGACAUUGUCAAGCGCAAUGUAUAUCCGCCGAAGAGCAAGAUUAACUGUGUCAAUCUGCAGAUAGCCGAAUCCGUCUUCACUUUCGCCUAUCGGCGUCGCCUGGCCACCCUCUGGCCAGAGCCGAGCAAUCCCAAAGAGUACAUAGAGAGCAUGCUCUUCAAGUCCGAGUACUCCGAUACAGUUCCCACACUCUACUGCACGGAAGAUCAGAAUAUUGGCACCUCCGAGUCGGUGAACUACUAUAAGCACAAUAUAUAGCUAGACUAUUUGCUCUGACUUUUGAUUAUCGAUUUAAUAAUUAAAUAACGCAGCUCAAAUUGCAUAUCUCGCUUUCGAAUG